UUCAAAAACAUGGCGGUCAAGAGUAACCUCGGCCGUUGUACUCGCUCGCGGAAGACAGCUACAAACGGUGGCAUGUCGGAUGACCUAGAAAAUAAACCAGCAACUCGUACGCUUCGUUCCAAAAAGUCUGUUCUCUUGGUUUCGGAGAAAAUGGAUAACUGUAAGGUUGUAAUAGAAAAACUGAAGUCAGACUUUGUCAACACAGUCAGGCAUGCGAAGAUUGGACGAAAACGAAGAAGGGUGGAAAGUGAAGACGAAGCUGUAAUAGAGGAAGAAGAGAAAGAAAAAGAAGAGAAGUCUACAGCAAAGGUAAGGUAAAUAACCUCUUCUCUGCUACUAUAGCUUCACAUGCUUCCUAUCAAAUGUGUCACCACAUCUUGCAAAAUAUGUUUUAGCGAACAAGAACUGCCAAGAAAAAGAUAGAGGCAAAAGGGGAAGCCUCAAGUGGAAGCAAACAAGAAGUUCACUAUACUUCAACAAGAGAGCGAAGGUAAAAUUUUUAAGCAAAGAAAUGAUCCGCGUAUGUGGACUGCAAUUAUAACAAUUGCAGAAAAGAAGCCUGAUUUUCUCCAUAAUCCAUGCAUGUGUUACAAGAUUCACAAUUUUAAUUUAAUCGUUAAGCUAUUAGAAAGUCAGUUUUUCUGCAGGUGUUUUCCGGGAGGUUCGGACUAAUUUUCCUCUUCAAAAUUAAAGCUAAUGAAAUUUGCACCCUUUAGAUAUUUCUUCAAAGAUAUUAGGAAAAUAAAUGGUUCUUCAGAAUUAAUUUUUCACAGAAUACUGAGAGGUAAUGUGCACAGAUUCCUGGCAUUUGCAGAAGGGUUUUGAGGGGGGGAACAAGGGCCUUAUUUGAAUUUAGCAUUGGCUGCAGAGCCAUCUUCCCCUUAUAAUCCUUGACUGUACUUUUUUAUUUAAAUAGAACAGUCAAGUAUACUGAAGAAUCACAGGGCUUAUCAUCUCAUUCAGAAGAAGAGAAUGACAAUGAGAAUUCGUCUGAUUCUGAAUCAGGCCUGGCAUCUGGACACAAAUCAUCAUCAUCAUUAUCAGUUUCCACAGAUGGGGAUAGCGAUUCACCCAUACCAACAAGUGAACUAUCAGAUAGCUCACAUCAAAUCAAUAACAGUUCAGAUGAGCUAUCGUCAAGUAACAGUGAUAUCAUAACAUGGCGUACAAGGUAGAUAUGUUUGAUAACCCUCUCACUCCUACGAGUGAUUAAGACAGAAUUUCUCCUUACAAUAUCAAGCAAACAAGUGAUGAGAAUUAAAAAAAUUUAUAUAUGUCAAUUAGAGGAUUAUAUGUAUUAGUUCAUCCAAUACCAAAUUCUCAGAACUAACAUCAUAAGAAUUAUAAAACAGAAAGUAAGAAGUUAAACAAAACAAAUAAGAUCUUGGGAGUAAAAGGGUCAAGUUCUUGUUAUUUUUUUCUGUACAAUAGAGUUCUAUCAAAUCAAAUGCUCUCUAACGAGAAAGACUGGAACUUUUGAAAUAAAUAAUAUUCAUUGAUAAAAUCAGUGUCUUCUUGUCUCUUUUCCUUGUACUUUCACUGCAUCAUCCAGCUACUUAGGGAUAAGAAUAAUCUAAUUUAUCAACAAGAGUGUGUUAUCUUCAGUUGCUAUAGUACCAAGUUCUCUUUAGUUACAAGGAAAUGUAUAGUAACCAAAAGAUAGAAUUCUAACUUGAAUCAGAUCUUGAGAGUUGAAGAACAAGGCUCCUGCUUCUUGUAACAAUAAGCAACAUUUAUUCUUGUCUUACAGGAAAAGUCCAAGGAAAAAAGCUCAAGCAAGUUCGAGAAAAAAGAUUGCUGAACUCUGUGAUAGAUUAUCUGAUUCAGAGGACACAUUAUCAUCAUCAUCACCAUUCUCAAGUGAAGCAUCACAAUCAGAGUGACAGCUAAAGACGGAAUUGAAGAAGUCUAUUUAAUCUUUAGAAGUAUUUAAUUAGUGUCUUUCCCUGUUGGUUUUGUUUAAUUUUCAUAAAGAAAGAAUUGGUGGUAGCAGUCAGUGUGAGGGUCAAUGAUCUGUCCAUUUUCAAAGCUGUAUUCUCAGAAGAAUCACAGUAUUGCUAAAGGUUCUUAUCUUAAAGAUCCCAGGUUCCCAGCUAGGUGCUUUUGUCUUUGACAAAGUUAGUCACCUGUGGCACCAGGGCUGUGCCAGAACACACCCCUGAAUUUAGACAUAUUUGAGAUCCAAAAGCCUGCAUAUAGCUUUUUUGCAUAUAGCUUUAUGCUGCAAGUAGAAAACAGGGUUGGAACUUGUGAUGAGAAUUAAUCAUACAUGUUUCCAUGAUUUUAGGCUGUCCAUGCAUAAUGCAGAGUAUUUUCAUAUUUCCUCUAUUAAUUUUUAUAUACUUUUCAAUAAUCUUGUAAUCUUAUUUAUUUUGCAUCAGAUGUCUAAUAUUGUGUUUGCCCAAGAUAGAGACUUACACUGUAGUGAAGUGUUUAAUUGGAUAGAUCAAAUUUUAGUUUUUAUUUAAAUAUUAGUACUAUGCAUACUAUACAUGAAGCACAAAUGUGUAGUUGGUAAAUACCAGUAUAUCCUGGAGACUUACAUUCAUCUGACUUAUGGAUUAUUGAAUUUGAACAAAAUACUUAAUAAGUGAAACUUUAACCCUUUAACUUCCAAGAUGUGAUUGUCAAUUCUUCCCUCUAGCUGCUAAACAUUUCCUUGUCAAUAAGUUACAAGAAUUUGGUGUUAGACCAGGAUAAAAACUUUCACCUGAUGUGUGUAAGUAUUCUUAGUACCUGUUUCAUGGAUAAUGGGUGUAUUUUACUGGGAGAAGUUACAUGUCCAUCACUUCUAGGAGUUAAAGGGUAAAGUACUCAUUUGCUCCAAUUAAGAGGGGAGGCUGUAGUUUAUAUCCCCUUAAGGAAUGGAAGCUGGAAGGGAUUUGAUCAGUGACAGAACUGUCAACACAUCAUCAUUUCUUUGUAAUAUUAUUAUGUUGAUAGAACCCUG